AUGGAAGCGGGAAUCAGGGUUCAGAACUACAGCCGGAAGGAGAAGUCCUUGGGCCUCCUGUGCUCCAAGUAUUCCUUCCCUGCCGUCCCCUGUCUCUGUUUUUUUUGCCUCGGAGGAAUUUGCGCCUUCAUUUAUGCUUCUAUGCCACCCACUUGCGAGCGCAUUGCUGCAUUCAUCUCGUAGUUGGAUCGGCCUCUUGACUCUUUCCUUUGCUUGUCUGUGCUUCGUCUGCAGCUUCAUAAGCUUGUACAAUCGAGAUGGCGUCGACUCCGUGGGCCUGGACGAUGCUGCUGCCCGUCUGGGGGUGGAGAGGCGUCGGAUCUACGACAUCGUUAAUGUUUUGGAAAGCGUCGGAGUGAGUGACCCUCGAGUGGAUUUCCCUGUGGCUUCUGCUCUUGCUGGUUGAUUGAUUGUCUCGUGUGAUUAGUGUUCGUCCUCUUAAUCUCCAGGUCCUCUCCAGGAAAGCCAAAAACCGCUAUUCCUGGAUCGGCUUCUCUGGAAUCCCUCAGGCCUUGACGGAUCUAAAGGUAGGCACUCGUUAUCACGGAGGUCGUCGGAGCGCUACUCCUGCCCACAUUUCUUCUAGCUACUUCACAGAUUUCGUAUCUCAGUUCCUCCCAAACCUUCCCGUUGCUUUCCCCAUCAGCAAGAGGCGCUGAGAGAGAUCUCUGGCUAUCCUGCGUCGAAUGCAUCUUCAUACAAAGGGGUCAGUGAUCUAGAGUUUCAUAAGUUUACCGUAGAGCUUUCACAGCCGGAAGGAAGACGAGAGCUGUUCAUUAGGUUUUCCCCGUUCUGGUUUUGCAUCCUUUUGCUGAUACAUCGGUGGCGAUCUGAAGGUGUCGGAGGACGAAGAGGACGAUAAGCCGUUGCAUCAAGCUCCGGGAUCUGGCGCCGAUCCGGCCAGCAUCCCCUCGAAAAUUUCUCCGGACAACACUCCCUGGAAACCCAGAACUGGUAAAUAUAAUAUUCCUUCCGCCCCCUCUUUCUCCUUCUCCUCUCUCUCUCUCUCUCUAAUGCCAACCUUGUUCUGCGUUGACGUUUCCAGUCAUGGAGAACCGAAAAGAGAAAUCUCUGGGGCUGCUCACGCAGAGUUUUGUCAAGCUCUUUCUCACCAGCAAUGUAAGUCCACCCUCAUCAUGGAAGUCAGUCGGGCUUACCAUCAUGGCCCCCAUAUCAUCAUGAACCUUUAGUUUCUCCAUUUCCAGGUGGAGACGAUCUCGCUCGAAGAGGCUGCGAGAUUAUUACUCGGAGAUGGUGAUUCCUCCAUGAUGAGAAGUACUUCAACUUCCUCCUCCUUGGUCUCUUUUGGGAAUUGAGUGUCGCCCUAGAGAAUCUAAUCACUGCUGCAUCUUUUGUGUAGACAAUGCGGCUAAGGUUCGUAGACUCUACGACAUUGCCAACGUGCUGUCCUCCCUGAAACUGAUCGAGAAGGUACCAUUCUCGGAGAAAGUAUUUGCUUUUCGUCUUGGACAUGUUUCACUCAGAUUGGGUUUUCCAUCGAGCAGACCCAGAAUUCAGAGAGCAGGAAGCCGGCUUUUAGAUGGUUGGGUAUAGAGGGGAAGUCAACCCAUGCAGCCACUGUUCCUUUGGCUCCGAUUGCCAAACAGUGGAACAAAAGGGCAUUUGGUACGGACGUUACCAACACAGAUCUUAAGAAAAGUAAGUCCAUCCCUUCAGUGGAAGGGAAGCAGAGGAAAGUGAUACGAAGUAGAAGUGAAGAUCUAAAGGAGUGCAAUUUGACAGCACAAAGGCAGCUUCAGGGCUCGAAGGGUCAUGCUUUUGGGCCAUUCUGUCCAAUCAGUGUGGCCAAGGGUGAGCAUGAAGCAAAUGGUGCGGAUGAAGAAAAGGCUCUUCUUGAUUGGGAAGCUAUGGCCGCUUCUUUUCACCCUCAAUACCACAACCAGGGUAAGAAUCAGCCAGUUCUGUUGCGCACUGGGAGUCAUAAAUUCUAUGUCACCUGAAAACUCUUAAAACUGGUGUCAUUAUCCUGCAUCUACUGUUCGACUGUAAUUAUUUAAUUUAUCAUAUUGCAUCCUACCUAUGCAUGAUGGUUAAAAAUGCAAAUCUUUGGUCCGUUGAGUGCUUUACUAAUUGGAUCUCACCGGAUUUAGCCUUUGUUCUCCCCAUGUAAGUACUUGGCUUUAUUGCCCAUAUAUGUCUCCAACCAGCAGUUGAAGAUAAUCUUGUAUUGAUAGGGUACAUUCAUUUACUACAUUUUUUAUGAAUGUCUUCAAAAGCGAUCAUAUCCCUCCAGUUUCACAGUGAUCUUUCAUUUGUUGCUCUUAGUAUCGUCAAUAAAGCCUUUCCAUCUCCGAUUACAGGAACGUGUUGCAUUUUCAGCACAGUUUUUUUCCUUAGUUUGAAAAGUGGGCAUGUUACUUCCAUUAACAUGUAUCAUUUACCAUAUCAAAUUGAAAAGCAUCUAUUGUCUAUUUUAUUUUAUUUUCCUUCCAUCUAUGUCGGAGGCAUGCUUUGUGUUGAUCUCGAAAUGCUUAAGGAAUGUAUUAUUUUCAGCACGUUUUUUUCAUAGUUCGAAGAGUGGGCGUGUUACUUCCAUUAACUUGUAUCAUUCACCAUAUCAAAUUGAAGAGUGGGCACGAUUUGUUUUGAUGACUAACCUUUCCCUGAAAUGCUCAAGUGUACUGAAAGCAUUCCCAUCUCCGCUUUCAGGAAUGUCACAGUUUCAGCACAUUUCUGUUCCUACUUUGAAGAGUGAGCAUGUUGCUUCCAUUAACAUGUAUCAUUCACCAUAUCAAAUUGAUAAACAUAUAUUCUCUCUUCUUUUUUUUCCUCUCCAUGCGACCCAGAGACAUGCUUUUGACAGCUUGCCGUUUAUUCUUUUUUGAAGUUCUCGAAGUGUACUGAAAGCCCUGAAGUCUCUUACUUCGGGGGGUGUGCGAUUAACUGCACAGUUUUUGGUUUGGGGAGUGGUAAUGUGACUAUCAUUAACGUAUGGCAUUUACAGCCUUUAACUGAAGAACAUCUACUUUCUUCUUUCUUCUUUCCAUAUGGUUGACAAGCCUGCUUUGUUUUACUUCAGAAUGCUUGAAAAUAAUGGCUUCUCUCUCUAUCUGGGCACUAGAUUAUGUGGGUAGAUUCUGACUUUACCUUGCUCUAACCUUGCUCUAUCAUUUCUUUCAGCUCUGAGUGAACUCUUUGCUCACUACAUGGAGGCCUGGAAGUCAUGGUACGUUGAGCUUGCUCAAGACAGCAACUCGCUCGAGCUUCUCAGUCAAGUUGCCACCCCGCCUCUAUCCCAGGAAGAAUUCUGA